GCAAUAAAAUUACGUAAAAUAACACGAUUAUUAUUAAACAUGUAUUUUAUAUUCAAAUAUAUUACAAGAAUUUAUAGUUUGAUUUUUAUUCUAUUUAAUCAUUACAUAUAUAAAUCAAAGUGAAGCGGCAUCAGCUUCGACUUAUCGAGAACUAUACUAAACUCGUAGCCAUAUUAGUAGUCGUUCUGGUUACUAAAUAGUGUUAAAAAGUUUAGAUUUAUUCAAUUUUAUUUUUCAUCAAGAAAAAUAAAUAUUCAAUAAGACAAACAUGUCAAACGAUGUGAAUUCCCAGGCUGAUAAGCCCAAUGAGGAAGAAAAUGUCGAUAGAGCAGAAGAAGAAGGCAGUUCAUCUAUUGACCUGCAUGCGCAAGAAAGUGGCCCUGUAUAUGGAGGUUGUGAAGGACCAAAUGCAAUGUAUGUAAAACUGGUUAGCAGUGAUGGACAUGAAUUUAUUAUUAAACGGGAACAUGCCUUAACUAGUGGAACAAUAAAGGCUAUGUUAAGUGGUCCUGGUCAGUUUGCUGAAAAUGAAGCUAAUCAAGUUAAUUUUCGUGAAAUACCCUCUCAUGUGUUACAAAAGGUUUGCAUGUAUUUUACUUACAAAGUACGCUACACAAAUAGCAGUACAGAAAUACCAGAAUUUCCUAUUGCACCUGAAAUUGCAUUAGAAUUAUUUAUGGCUGGAAAUUUCUUAGAUUGCUAAAUAUGUUAAACAACAUCAGUGAUUACCAACCAUUCUUAAAUUUAAUUGUGAAUGUGCUAAACUUUUUUUGUUAUAGUUUUUAUUUCAAAAUUUAGCAAGGUGUUAUAAUAUUUUUUUAAUGGACAUUUAUAUUCUAUUUUAUUUAUGUCUAUCAUAUAUGAACAUUUAACACAGGACAGUUGUGAUUUUCAACAACAGAUUACCAAAUGUACACAUAUAAAUCAUUUGAUUAUUAAGAAAUCUGAAACCUGCUAUUUUAGAUUGUAUGUAUUUACAUUUAUUAUAUAAUUUAGUAGUAUAACAAAUUGUUAAAAAAAAAUUUAUAUCAAAAAUUAAAAUAUCAGUAUAAUGUUAAACACUUAUUCAUGUCUGUUCUAAUCUGUUUUACAACUGCAAAAAAUCUUAUCACUUGUAAUUAAUGAAGAGGUUAAUUCAGUAAAUUAUACAAUACCAGAGAUUUUCAUUUUUAAUAACAGUAUAUUGAUACAUUGUUAUAGUUAAAUUUUUAUUACAUAUAAGAAUAUUUAUUUUUGGUUUAUGUUCAUACUAUAAAUUACUGUACAUUAUUUUCUAGGAAAUUAAGUGGUAAUGUAGUUUCCAAAUAAGUUCAUAAGUAGAAUACAGUAUACUUAAGAAGUAGACUAAUUACAGAAUUGAAAUGUAUUGUGAUUUAAUGUAAAAAAAAUGCAUCACACUUUUACAGAACCUUUAUAAGAAACAUGUACAUGUAAACUAUUCUAAUAUAGCUAACUGUAAGAAUGGAAA